GAAUAUUAAAAUUUCCCCAGGUGUUGUCAUACCCUUUAAAACAAAAGAAGUACCAUGGGUGUCCCAUUUUGAGACACCCUGGGAUCAUCCCCAAUGGGACAUCCUGGAGAUCCGUCCCCAAGCCGAGCCUAGCCUGGAUUGGACGUCUACUAGUGAUAAACUAAUUCCAAUGCACACUAGAAGCUUGUUUUUCUCUUAAUUAGUUGUUUGUAGAACAUCCAAGAAUGAUUUCCUGACCAACGUAUCGAUAAUCGUUGUAUCGCCAUAUCGUCAGAUCAUCUUGCAAAGUUGGAACUCUUUGUAUGUUGUUUGUUUCCUCGAUGUCAGUUAUUAACGCGACACCUUCUCCUUGAAGUUGGGAGCACUUUCUUAGGUCUGCCCUUUUCUGUGUGGAUUUCGAUAGGGAGAGCAGCUGCAGCUCGACAUUCCGAACUUGUGCUCUGAGACAAAUUCCAAUUUUAAGACAAUGGCUGAACAUCUGGAGAACCAUCUUCAAUGUCCCACCUGUCUGGACGUCUUCAAAGAUCCGAUCAUGCUGCUGCCGCGCAGUCACAACUUCUGCCGUGCGUGUCUGCAGCUGUGGAAGGACAAAGGCGAACGAUUGUGUCCACUCUGUAUGACAGAGUUUAGUUCGAUGGAUCCGCCUCCGAACUUGGCACUGAAGAAUAUGUGUGAGAACCUUUCACAAGCCUUAGUCAAGUCAGAAGACGAUUGCAGCUUGCAUAAAGAGAAACUGAAACUCAUCUGUUUGGACCACCUGGAGCUUGUGUGCCAUAUCUGCAGAGAUGCAGAAACCCACGUUGGUCACAAGUUCCGGCCCCUUGUAGAAGUUGUGGAAUAUGCCAAGGAAAUACUCCAAGAUUACGACGACUGUCGAGAGAACUGCAAUGAACAGGCAGAGUACAUCAAAGUCCAGAGGGAGAAUGUCGAACGCAAGAUUACGGAGGAUUUUGAGGAGCUCCAUCGCUUUCUCGACGACGAGGAGGAGGCCAGGUUGGCUGCAGUCAGGGAGGAAGAGAAGAACAAGAGUCAAACGAUGAAGGAAAAGAUGGCGGCUCUCGGCGAACAAACGGCCGCUCUCUCGGAUGUCAUCAGAAGCACUGAGGAGCAGCUGGCGUCUGGCAAUGAUUCUUUGAUGAAUAAAUUCAAGACUGUGUUUAGCAGGAUCCAAGAGCUCCCCGAUAAACUGGAGAUGCUUCGAGGUGGUCUGCUGGACCAAGCCAAACACGUGGGCAACCUCAAGUUCAAGGUGUGGGAGCGGAUGAAGGAGACGCUCGCCUACAGUUCCGUCAUUCUGGACCCCAACACGGCCAAUCCAAGAAUCAGUCUGUCUGAAGAUCUGACCAGUCUGAGUUGGGUAGACGUACAGCAGGAGCGUCCAAAGAAUCCAGAGAGGGCACAGGAGGGGCUAUCUGUGCUAGGUUGUGCUUUGGAAUCAGGAAGCCACGUGUGGGAUGUCCAGGUGGGAGAAAACAAUCACUGGGCUGUGGGGGUUUUGUGGGGGGACCUUUGCUCGCCAGAUCUUAUGACUGGUUGGUACAUUCAAUUUAGGGAUGGUAAAUACAUUCAUCCCGGUUGCGAUUAUGGAGAAUGGAAUCCGCCUGUCAAAGUGCAGAGGAUCCGAGUUGAGGUGGACAUGAAAGAAAGGGCGGUGUCCUUCUCUGAACCUCUUACAAACACUGAAUUGUGGAACACUGACAAGCCAGAAGAAGAUUGGCCAGACUUGUCCGGUAACAUCAAAAUGUAUCCUUACUUUUGGACACUGCAUAAAAGUCCUUUAAAAAUAAACCCCAUUGCACCUGGUGUUACGACUGCCAUCAGUUUGCAGUUAAUAAUGCUUUUUUGUUUUGCAGACAAACUGCAGCUCGACAUUCCGAACUUGUGCGCCGAGCCAAUCGCCGUCUUCUCUAAAACAAUGGCUGGACGUCUGGAAGAACAUCUUCAAUGUCCCAACUGUCUGGACAUCUUCAAAGAUCCUGUCAUUCUUCCGUGCAGUCACAGCUUCUGCCGUGCGUGUCUGCAGCAGUGGAAGGACAAAGGAGAACGAUCGUGUCCAGUCUGUCGGACAGAGUUUAGUUCGAUGGAUCCGCCUUCCAACUUGGCACUGAUGAAUAUGUGUGAGAACCUUUCACGAGCCUCAGUCAAAUCAGAAGACGUCUGCAGCUUGCAUGAGGAGAAACUUCAACUCUUCUGUUUGGACCACCAGGAGCUUGUGUGCCUCGUCUGCAGAGACGCAGAAAUCCACAUUGGUCACAAGUUCCGGCCCCUCAAAGAAGUUGUGAAAGGUCAUCAUGAGGAACUCCAGAAAGGCCUGCAGAAGGCCAAGGAACGACUCCAAGAUUACAACGACUGUCGAGAAAACUGCAAUGAACAAGUAGACUACAUCAAAGUCCAAAAGGGGAAUGUCGAACGCAAGAUAAAGAAGGAUUUUGAUGAUCUCCGUCGCGUCCUCGACAUCGAGGAGGAGGCCAGGUUGGCUGCGGUCAGGGAGGAAGAGCAGAAGAAGAGUCAGAUCAUGAAGGAGAAGAUUGUGGUUCUUGGCCAACAAAUGACCGUUCUCUCGGAUGUCAUCAGAAGCACUGAGGAGCAGCUGGCAUCUAGCGAUGUUUCUUUCAUGAAGACGUUCAAGACUGCUAUGAGCAGAAUCCAGGAGCUGCCUGAAAAGCCGCAGCUGCUGCCAGGGGGUCUGCUGGACGAAGCCAAACACGUGGGCAACCUCAAAUUCAAGGUGUGGGAGCGGAUGAAGGAGACGCUCGCCUACAGUCCCGUCAUUCUGGACCCCAACACGGCCUAUCCAGGAAUCAGUCUGUCUGAAGAUCUGACCAGUCUGAGUUGGGAAGACGUACAGCAGAAGUGUCCAAAGAAUCCAGAGAGGUUCCAGACGUGGUGGUCUGUGCUGGGUGCUGCUUUGGACUCGAGACACGUGUGGGACGUUGAGGUGGGAGACAACAAUGACUGGGGUGUGGGAAUCAUGGAAGGGGACCCUUGUUUGCCAGAGAAAAUGACUGGUCUGUUGAUUGGAUUUUGGGAUGGUGAAUACAAAAACCCCAGUGGCAAAUAUGGAGAAUGGAAUCCGCCUGUCAAAGUGCAGAGGAUCCGAGUUGAAGUGGACAUGAAAGAAAGGGCGGUGUCCUUCUCUGAGCCUCUUUCGAGCACCAAAUUGUGGAACAUUGAGAAGCCUUCCACUUGGCCAGACUUGUCCGGUAACAACAAAAUGUAUCCUUACUUUCGUACAGGACAUAAAAGUCCUCUAAAGAUAAUCCCCAUUCCACCUUGUGUUACGACAGCCAUCAGUUAGCAAUCGUGUUUGACACUGCUUCAUUUUUUUGCUCUUCAAUGUCAUCUAAAUCAUUCCUUUUCUUUUAUCAAAUGAUUUGACACUCAUUUAAUUGUCCACGUCAAGUCAUAAGACUUUCCUGGAGUCAAAAUAAUGAAGCAGUUACUAAGUAUUCUUUUAUUCCAAUACUUGUGUGAAUACAACUUUUAGUUUAAUGUGAGUAAUAUUUGGAAGUACAGUAAUGCUACUCUUACUUUUUGCGACUCUCUUGUUAACAUUGAUUUACUGAUACUACUUUAAUACUUGUACUACAAUCAUUUUUGGAUUUUUUAAGUUUUUUGAUUUCAUUUGAAAGUAAUGCCACUCUUUCUCGAGUAAAAUGUUUGGCUUCUCGUCUCGGACACAAAUAACUAGAUUAUUCUUUUUUCACAAAUAAUUUGGAUUGAUGAUUUUGACUUGUACUUGAGUUGUCUUAUUUAAUUGUAAUGCUACUCUUACUCAAGUACCAUUUUGGGCUUUUACU